UGGGGCGGGCGAGGUUGAGGGGUCGACAGUAGCGCAGGAGGAAGCCCGACCGCGCGAGAUCGAGACAACGCGAAAAUCACGAAAAUGUUCGUUUUGUCCCUUCGAGUCAUGGAUUCGCUCGACCAUGCAGUCGCACGUGGCGCGUUAUCACUGCGGCGAAUACACGUCCGCCAAUGUGACACGCCGCCGUGUCCUACAAUUGCCGGCAAUAAUAAGCGGUCGCAGACUGCCCAAUGCCCAAUUGUAUACCGGCUACGCUUGUCACUAUUGCACGUUCGUCGCGGCCACAGUGGCGAGCAUCAAUUCGCACACGGGCCGCGAGCAUCAGGGCCAAAGACAGCCGAUCAAGGAGGUUCCAGUGACCGAGUACGACUGCGACCAGUGCGACUACAAGUCGAGAAAUCGUCGGAACAUGCAGCUCCACGUAAAGCGCUGCCACACCGCCCAGGCCAACGCCGAGGGUAUGUUCGCCUGUCACGCCUGCUCGUACGAGACUUUGUCGCGUAUGGGCCUCAAAAGGCAUAUAUCCAUUAAGCACAACAAGUCGCGGAGGGACAUUAACGCGAAGGAGAACUACCACGAGUGCGAGCAGUGCGACUUCAAAUGCCUUAAUGGUAAAACGAUGGAUUGGCACAAGAGGCAGCAUAGCGCGCCACCGAAUGCCGAGGACGACGGCAACAGCUAUUUUUGUAACGACUGUGAUUUUUCCACGUGGACGAAAGGGCAGCUAUAUUUGCACAUCAAGCGAAAGCACAGGGACGCGGAGGGCAAUAGCCGAGAGAACGAGCCCGAGCAGCCAGACCAUUUGUUUGCCUGCGAGCAGUGCGACUACACGAGCAAGAAUAAGCACGUGAUGAAGGUGCACGUGAUAAGGAAGCACACGAACGAUUACAAUCACGAGUGCGAGAUAUGCGGUAAAAAGUAUAAGAUCAAGGCCGACCUGACCAAUCACAUACGCUUUCAGCACCGGGAGCAACCGAUUAUCUGCGACGUCUGCGGCAAGACCUGCAGGAACAGCAAUCUCCUAUACUUGCACCAAAAGUUCGCUCACUACAAGCCGGAAUUCGAGUGCCCAACGUGCCACAGGCGAAUGGUGAGCCAAGCCAACCUGGACGACCAUAUACUCAAGCAGCACGAGCAGAGGGAGGAUGCCGUGUGCGAGGAGUGCGGCAAAAAGUUCACGAAACAAGCUCGACUUAAGAUACACAUGAGGAUACACACGGGCGUCAAACCCUACACGUGUAAGGUCUGCCUCAAGGCCUUCGCCAGGAGGAACGGACUCAGGCAGCAUCUGCUGAUUCAUACGGGCCAGAGGCCAUACAUUUGCGACAUUUGCGGCAAGAGUUUUACUCAGAAGACGGGACUCAUAUGCCAUAGGAAGAGCCAUCCUGGAUCGCAUCCACCUCUGCCCAGAGUCACGAUAGAUCAUGUUUUAUCAGAUCUGCUGAACGAGGAGUGUUGAGCUAAAGCAGCAAAUUCGUGGCACCGCGAAAUUUAUUGCACAUUUAAUUGCUAGUGAGAGAAGCUUCAUCUUACGUUUGUUUGGCAAGUUUAAUUAGAAUUAUACGCACGUAAAGUGAGACGAGAGUUUGAUUAGUCUUUAGUCGUCAAUAACUAAGCAAGGAAAUCAGUGAAACUUGAAAAAAAAAAAUACCAUAAAAAAUCAAAAAAAUAAAAACAAAAAACAAAAAACAAAACAAAAUACGAACAAAUACAACAAAGAUAGAUAACUAUGUAAGAAGCAAUAAGUCAAAUUA